CCCCUCCCGGCCUCCCCUCCCUUGCCGUCCACUUCUUCCUCCACCACAGUCAUCAGUGGCGUUAUCCUCUUCGUUCUCGCCUCCCUGGUUGUUGUUGGCUGGGUGUUGGCGAGCUGGGAGUAGAGACCGAGAAGUGGAGCGGCCAUGAAGAUCCAGUGCGACGCGUGCGAGGGCGCGGCUGCCACGGUGGUGUGCUGCGCCGACGAGGCCGCGCUGUGCGCGCGCUGCGACGUCGAGAUCCACGCCGCCAACAAGCUCGCGAGCAAGCACCAGCGCCUCCCGCUCGAGGCGCUCUCCGCCAAGCUCCCGCGCUGCGACGUCUGCCAGGAGAAAGCGGCGUUCAUCUUCUGCGUGGAGGACCGGGCGCUCUUCUGCCAGGACUGCGACGAGCCCAUCCACGUCCCGGGCACGCUCUCCGGGAACCACCAGCGCUACCUGGCCACCGGCAUCCGCGUCGGCCUCGCCUCGGCUUCCGCCUGCAGCGACGCCUGCGACGCCCACGACUCCGACCACCACGCCCCGCCCAAGGCCACCAUCGAGCCACCGCACGCCGCCGUCUCCGCCGCGGUGCAGCAGGUGCCCUCGCCGCCGCAGUUCCUGCCGCAGGGCUGGGCCGUCGACGAGCUCCUGCAGUUCUCCGACUACGAGUCCAGCGACAAGCUGCACAAGGAGCCGACGCUCGGGUUCAAGGAGCUGGAGUGGUUCGCCGACAUCGACCUCUUCCACGAGCAGGCGCCCAAAGCCAGCAGGACGUUGGCGGAGGUGCCGGAGCUUUUCGGAUACCAGGCGGCGAACGACGCGGCGUACUACAGGCCGGCCAAAGCCGCCGCCGGCGGCGGCGCUGGGGUUCGCCAGAGCAAGAAGGCCCGGAUCGAGGUCACCGACGACGAGGAUUACCUCAUAGUCCCUGAUCUUGGUUAAAUAAGAGAGCGCAGGAGUUUUGUUUCGUCUCCUGAUGUGUACGGUGUACCAGAGAAGAAUUUUACUGUGUACAAGCUAGUGUCAAGUGUUGUGCAUCUUUGACUGUAGUGUCGCUCAAUUCUGAACAUCUAUUAAGCCACUUUUGUUGCUAUGCUAA